AUGUCCGAGGCCUACGAACGCGAGCGGCAGAACAAUGCUCGCCUAGAGGAGCUAUCAAGCAAGGUGACGGCCCUGCGCGGCGUCACCGUCGACAUCUACGACAAUGCUCGCAGCCAAGAAAUGAUCGACGAUACGUCCAACACAUUUUCCUCCAUGUCCUCGUCGAUGAAGGGAUCUGCUGGCCGCCUGACUCGCAUGGCCGCCUCUGGCAACAAGGUCGCUAUCCUCAAACUCUCCGGGAUCGUCAUCGCGGCAUUCCUAGUGCUGUAUUACGGCACAAAAAUCAUAUUUCGCUGGUAA